ACCAUUCAAUAUUCAUACAUCCUCAAAAACUAAAUUCUCUCAUUCAUUUUGUAUUUCAAAAAUGAAAUUUUGCAUGCUCAAAGCUUUUCUUCUUCUCUUCUUCAUGUCAAAGAUUAGCAACGGAAGUGUCCUGUUCUCAUCGUUGCCACAAACUCUUUCUGUUGUCGCUUCUCCUACAGAAGAUCAAGUUCUACAAGCUGGAGAAGAUAGUAUAACAGUAUCCUUUGGAUUGAACAGUAGUAUUGCAAACCAAACCGAUGAAUCAUACAAGUUUGUGAAGGUGAAGCUUUGUUAUGCACCAAUUAGUCAAGUGGACAGAAAAUGGAGGAAGACAGUAGACAAUUUAAAGAAAGACAAAACAUGUCAGUUUACUAUAUGGGAAAAACCAUAUGAUCAUCAGCAAAACAUGAGUCAACAAUUUGAAUGGACGAUUGAAAAAGAUUUACCAACGGCUACAUAUUUUGUGAGAGCAUAUGUUUAUGAUUCUGGAGAUGAAGAGAUAGGUUAUGGGCAAACUACAAAUGAUAAGAAGAUCUCCAACUUAUUUAAGAUUCAAGGAAUUAGUGGGCGUCAUCCUUCUAUCGAUAUUGCAUCGAUUUGCUUCUCUGUUUUUGCUAUUCUAUCAUUAGUUGGGUUUUUUUUGCUAGAGAAAAGACAAUCCAAAGCCAAAAAAUGAUUGAGGGUGUGCUUAAAAUUAAUAGCUACUAUGAGUUUAUGAGCAUUUCACAUCUUGAUCACUCAAAUCCAAAGGAGUUUCUUUUGUAAGAUGUUACAUUUGCAAAGUAAAAUUAGUCAAAUAUAUUCGUG